CCUAUGACACUUACCAGGAGUGUGACCCUGACCCAAGGUCAUGGAGCUGGUACUAGUAAGUAGAAGAGCCUGUCGGGUUUUCCCUCCUGACAUCUGUGCUGCUUUUGCCCAGGUUCGGGGUGUUAUCACCUGAAACGUGGUUCUCCGGGUUGGAUACUCCUAUCUUCCCUUCCUUUACCUUAGUCAGAUUAAUUUUCCUAAAAAAUCCCUUUCAGUAUGAAAGCCCUUGCAUGACUCUUUCCUUAACCCCGUUUGCCUCAGUUUCUUCAUUUGCAAAAUGAACUGGAAAAGGAAAAAUCAAAUCAUUCCAGUAUCUUUGCCAAGAAAACCCCAAAUGGGGUCACGAAGAGUCGGGCACGACUGAAAAACGAUCUAACAACAAUAAGAAAGGCAGAGUUCCUAAGGCUCUGUAGUACAACUCCUUUACCGAACAACUCAGAAACCAGAAGAAUGCAGAGUAAGAACGCGAAACAUUAAAAACAAAAAAUCAAACAAACAAACAAACAAAACCAAGAUGCCGGAGCACGCUAAACGCCAAAGUUAGAACUACAUUUCCCAGCAAAGAGCACGCCAGAGAGUGCGUACGAUUCGAGUCCCUUUCUGCAGUCAUUAUGGAGAGAAAGACUACAUUUCCCGGCAGGCCAUGCAGGUGUGCAGACGCAAGCGCACUAACAUUCCCUAGCCCGGGAACGAGGAUGAGAAAAGUUCAGGGGGGGUGUUGCAGUUGUCGUCGCUGCGGUCUUCAUCGCCUCCGUCACAGUUGGCUCGUUUUGGCUCGUCCUCGGUAGAAAACCAUAUUUACCACAGCCAUGGCUUUGGUGUCAGCAGACUCCCGAAUAGCUGAACUACUCACGGAGCUCCAUCAACUGAUCAAGCAAACUCAGGAAGAACGCUCCCGAAGUGAACAUAACCUGAUCAAUAUCCAGAAGACACAUGAGCGAAUGCAGACAGAGAACAAAAUCUCUCCCUAUUACCGGACAAAGCUUCGAGGUCUCUACACCACAGCCAAGGCAGAUGCAGAGGCAGAGUGCAAUAUUCUGCGUAGAGCUCUGGAUAAGAUUGCUGAAAUCAAGACUCUGCUGGAAGAAAGGCGAAUUGCGGCCAAAAUCGCAGGAUUAUACAAUGAUUCAGAACCUCCACGGAAAACUAUGCGCCGAGGGGUGCUGAUGACUCUGUUGCAACAGUCGGCCAUGACAUUGCCCUUGUGGAUUGGGAAACCUGGGGACAAGCCUCCACCCCUGUGUGGGGCCAUUCCAGCUUCAGGGGACUACGUAGCCAAACCAGGUGAUAAAGUGGCUGCUCGAGUGAAAGCUGUGGAUGGGGAUGAGCAGUGGAUUCUGGCAGAAGUGGUCAGUUAUAGUCACGCCACCAACAAGUAUGAGGUGGAUGACAUUGAUGAGGAAGGAAAAGAGAGACACACCUUGAGUCGAAGGCGAAUCAUCCCACUACCACAAUGGAAGGCCAAUCCUGAGACUGACCCUGAGGCUUUAUUCCAAAAGGAUCAGCUUGUUCUGGCUUUGUAUCCCCAAACCACUUGCUUCUACCGGGCUUUGAUUCAUACUCCCCCACAACGGCCACAGGAAGACUACUCUGUCCUGUUUGAAGAUACCUCCUAUGCAGAUGGCUACUCUCCCCCCCUCAAUGUGGCCCAGAGGUAUGUGGUGGCUUGCAAGGAACCCAAGAAGAAGUGAGGUUCGGUUUGCCUGAAUCAUGGACUUCUAUUACCUUGCCUUUGUUUACCUGACUCUUCUGCCAUGCCCUUUGAAGGGGGGAAUUAAUGUAUCAUUCUCUGCAGACAAAUAAAUAUACAACCCUGUCCCCCACAUCUUGUUUGCAGGGCCUAAUUUCCUCAGACUUCAAUCCCCUUCCCAAGUGAGAACUGGGAGCCAUGUAUACAAUGCUAUCCUUUGAUUCUAAAGGGUGAUGCAUGAACUAGGGUAAAUCAUCUUAUUUUUUAGACCGAGAAUGUAUUUACAAUAGCUAAAUGGAAUAAAUCCUUUAACACUGA